AUGGAUGAAGUGAGUGUGGAAAGGGUGCCACCGGUAUCUGUUGUUCCUAAAUCUGUCAACGUAGAAGGAGGUUUGACUGAUUCAGAACCUCCUCCUUCCUUAGAUUUUCCUGAAAGUGCUCCGGUUUUUCAUAUUAGACAUUUAAGUGAAGAUUUAAGUGCCCUUACAAUUAAUGAUUUGCGCUUGAACAAUGGAGAGCAGAAUUGCAAUGAGCAGAUUGAAGGAAAGGGCAUAAGUAGUCAUGGUCACAUUAGACAUUUUGGUGCAGAUUUAAGUUCCUUUGCAAUUAAUGAGGAGAAUGACCAUAAGCUGCUUGAAGGGAAGGCAGAAAGUCGCCCUAACUCAUCUGAAAGAAACAUUUACAAGGCAGCAGAGAUUGCUGAACGCUUCAUUCAAUCUAUAGAUAACAGAGUGCUUGUUGACACUGGAGCACCAAUAGAAUCCGUUAAAGAGGCCGUAAGCAAAUUUGGAGGCAUUCUUGACUGGAAGGAGAGGCGUAAAAAUGUCCAAAAUGCGCUUGACAAGGCACUGGAAGAUACUCCUGAUUACCAAAGAAAAGCGGAAGCUGCAGAAGUUGAGAAAAGCCAAGUUCUAAUGGAAUUGUGUGACACUAGGCGAACCGUAGAAGGGCUCAAGAUUAACUUGGAGAAGGCACAAACUGAGGCAAUACAAGCACAACAAGACUCAGAGCUUGCUAAUAUACGGUUCAAGGAGAUACAACAGGGAAUUGCUUGCAGAGAGAGUGCUGCAGCAAAGGCAGAGAUUGAGCUCGCAAAAUACCGCCAUGCUAAUGCCUUAGCAGAAUUACAGUCAGUGAAAGAUGAGCUAGAACAACUUCAGAAGGAGCACACAUCUUUAAAAACUAAAAGGGACAAUGCUGAGACAAAAGCAUGUGAAUCCAGUGUUGCAUCACAAAAGGUUGAGAAGACCGUUGAUGACCUCACCCUUGAGCUCAUCGCGCUGAAACAAUCGCUGACAUCUUCUCAAGCUACUCAUAUCAUAGCAGAGGAACAAAAAUUAAAUGUCGCUUUGUCAUAUCAACAAGAAAGGGCAAAAUGGCAGGAUGAGCUGAAGCAAGUUGAUGAGGAGAUUCGAAAGAUACGUGAUGCCGCAUCAGUCAACAAAGAUCUCAAGUCCAAGCUAGAAGAUGACUCUGCACUGUUGUUGAAGUUGCAAGAUGAGUUUUCUACUUAUUUGAAAUGGGAUGAGUGGCCCCAAGAGGUUAGUCUAGAUGGAGAGGCAUGGAAGUCAAUGGUUAGUACUCGGAUGAAGCUGGCAAAGACUAGAAAGGAGCUGGAGGACAUGAGGACAGACAUUAAAAAAGCCAAGGAUAAGGUCAGAAUACUUUGGAAUGCUGCUGCUACAUUGCGAGCUGAUAUAGAGAGGAAGGAGGCAGAUCUGGGGGCAUUGAGACACAAAGAGCACCUCGCUUCUGUUUCUGUCUCAUCACUCCAGGAAGAAUUGAGCAACAAGACAUCUGAGCUCAACAUUGUCCAUGAAAGAACAAAAGCAGCUGAAAUGCCUGCAGAGCUACAUCAGGCAACUAAAGUGAUGGAACAAGCAAAUUCAAAAGCUCAGAUGGCCCGUCAUGAGGUGGCAAAGGCUAGGGAAGAGGCAGACAAAGCCAAGGCACAAGCCAAUGUUGUCAAGUUGAGGCUCGAAGCAGUGUCGAGGGAGAUAGUUGCAGUGAACACAUCUGAAGAAAUUGCAACCGCCUCAGCAAAUGCACUGCAAGAUUACAAACAUGAAACACAAAUAGACCCUCAAGUUGACCGAAUAAGCGACAACUAUAUGACGUUAUCACUUGAAAAGUAUGAUGCGUUAAGCAAGAAAGCACAAGAUGCUGAGGACCUUGCCAAGAAGCGAGUCAUUAAGGCUGUUGAGAAGAUCAAGCAAGCUAAGGAUGCAGAGGUGAGGAGCUUGAAUAAGCUAGAGCAGCUCUCCAAGCAAAUCAAUGGGAGGAAGUUGGAGCUGAGGGCCGCACAGGAGAAAGCCAAUUCGGCACAAUAUGGCAAGCUGACCAUGGAGAACGAGCUGAGGAAGCGUAGGGCCAAUCAUGAGCAGCAGAGGAAUGCGGGUGAGUCGGACCAUGCCAUUGCUGAUAUCCCAAAUUUGAAAAAUACGUCAUCGUCUUUUGAUGCAGCAUCAUCAACCUCCAAUCCUCAAAUGGUUGGAUCAUUGUCUAGAGCUGACACUACGGCGGUAACUAGGGUGAAAGAACCGAAGCCACGGAAGUCGUUGUUUCCACGGUCCAUAGUAGCUAUAUUCGUGUCUAGGAAGAAGACACAUUGA